GGAGAAGAUCCAGAGGUUCGCGGCUUCUUUCACGCGAGCGCUUUCAACUCGUUUGGCAUCAGUCUCUCGGGUGGUAUCGGCUAUCAAAUGGCCAAAUGGCUCACAACAGGCGCACCAGAGAUCGAUUUAUCAGCCUAUGAUAUAAAGAGAUUCAAUAGACAUUUGGUUCACAAUAGAGUUUGGUCUCAAGAGAGGUGUCGGGAGGCGUACGCCAGAAACUAUGGCAUUAUCUAUCAGUGCGAUGAACCCCUCACUGCCCGAAACGAGACGUUUAGCGACGCGUUAUAUGAAGUACUGAAGAGCAACGGCUGUGUAUAUCGAGAAAGACAUGGCAUUCAGUGUCCGGAUUGGUUUGAUUUGACGCCACAACGACUCACAACUGAAGAGUACAUUGAUUUAGACAACACAUACGACUGGUCCGAAGACAGCCGGCAAUGGAUGGCCGUUAAACACGAAUGCGAGUCCUCUCAUGAAAGAGCAAUUGUCGUGAAUCUCUCUUCAAUGGCUAAGUAUUUGGUUCGCGGAGAGAAUGCUAUGAAAGUAAUCGAUAGUUUGAGUCCAACUGAUGUCAAAUCAAUGCCCAAUAAUUCAACAAUACUUACAUAUCUGCUCAAUAAGAGGGGCGGUAUUAUCGCCGAAAUUAUCGUUACAAAAGUAAAUGACUCCGAGUUCUACAUAACGUGUGCCGAAGUGUCCACUAAUCAUGUUUUCGUCAAUUUAUGGAGUCAUCAGAAAAUCAAAAUAAAUGAUAUUGAGAUGCGUUUAAUAAGAUUUACACAACUGUCUCACACCGGAUGGCAAAUGCAUGUGAAUAACAAUCAGGACUUGAAAGUAAUUUACGCCAAACUUAUCGACAAUAAGUUGGUCUCAAACGCCGGUCACAGAGCCUACGAGUCGCUGAGAAAUGAGAGCCAAUGGCUGUCCGGAUGUCUGGAUAUGCGGUCCGACGACACGCUCUCCGAUGUCGGACUUGAGAGUCAUAUUUGUGGACAAAAACGAGAGACAAAACCAUUCAUUGAUUUUGAAAGGAAUAGGAGUUCAGACGAGAAAAAACAUUUUGUUUUGUUGGAGCCGUUGAGUCGGAAACCCAUUGUGUGCGGACUCGAGCCCAUAUGGUUUCAAUCUCAAGCCAUUGGUUUUGUGCGCAAAAACUUUUACUCUCAUAAAAGUGGCCAAAUGUUGGCCUUCGGACUCAUUUACGACAAGUAUCUGAAGGACUCGAUGGCCAUACCUUCGAUGGUUGACAUUGAGAUAUUUGGCAACUUAUACAAAGCGAAAGUUGACAAAAUCUAUUGCAAACAAAACACAACUACAAUGAAUCUCAUUUAG